GAGCAUUGUGCGCUUGUUUGUUUACGUACACCUCAACUGCCUGGGUGUUGAUUGCAAGUGAGGAAAUCCGAAUGUUGUGGUUGUUGAGCUUGCUUUUAUUAUCUCCUGCAUUAAGUCUAAAGAAUGUUAACGUAACACGCUCAAUACGCAUAAGAGGCAGUGUUGUCAGGAUAAAUCAUGAUAUUUUACUCAGCGAAACCCCCUCCGAGUAUCAGUUUGUUGUUGAAGAAAAGGAUAAUCAACACCUGGCUUUUAUCAGCGCAUCGCUUGCGGACAGUAAAACGGGAAAAAAUAUUCCAGUUCAACCAACUUCAGGGAAGCCAAAUACAUAUGUAAUAAGUCUCGGGAAACCAUCUUCACAACCUUCACGCGUGUUAGUGGAUGUUGUGUUAACUGGGGUUUUGGAACCAAGACCUUCUGAAAUUCACCAGUCUGAGAAACAGUCAGUUAAAUUCAAGGGGAAUGUGUACUUUUUCUCACCCUACCCCACCGACAGUCAGCUAACAAAUGUUCAUUUGCCGAAAGGACAGAUUCUAACUCACACUGUAACGUCCAAACAACCGAUUGUGAGCGGAAGCAAUAUUAUCUACGGUCCUUUUGAGACACAACCAGCCUUCUCCAUGGAGCCUCUUGUUCUGCACUUUGAACAUAAUGUUCCAUUCCUGAUAGUUACUGAAAUGACUCGCCUCAUUGAAGUAUCUCACUGGGGGAACAUUGCUGUUGAAGAAACGCUUGAAGUUGUGAAUAUGGGUGCAAAGUUGCGCGGCCCUUUUUCUCGUCUAGAUUUUGACUAUGGAAUAGGUCAGCAGCUAGCUGUCAAUUCUCUUAAAACAUCUCUUCCGGCAUCUGCAAAGGAUAUUUACUAUCGCGAUGAAAUUGGUAAUAUAAGCACAAGCACGGUUAGCGAUUCUUUGGACUCUGUGGAGGUAACAUUAGUCCCACGUUUCCCGUUGAUGGGUGGAUGGAAAACACGUUAUACAUUAGGAUACAACAUUCCAGCCUAUGAGUUCCUCUAUCGCAGUGGUUCUCAGUUCGCCCUUGCAAUGCGGUUCGUUGAUCAUGUUUAUGAGAAUCAAGUGGUUCAAGAUCUCACACUAAAAAUAGUCCUCCCUGAAACUGUGUCUGAUGUUCAGUUUGUUCCUCCUUUCCCCGUUCGUGAACAAUAUUUUGAGAAUAUGAAGACGUACUUAGAUACUACAGGUCGUACCGUAAUUGUGAUAAAAGGUGCUAAUCUUGUUGAAGAACACAUUCAAGAUUUUAAGGUGGAGUACCGUUUCAGUCUCUUACUGAUUCUUCGGGAACCAUUGAUGCUGAUUGUAGCGUUCUUGUGCAUCUUCGCUGCCAUCAUAAUUUAUGUUCGCUUGGACUUUUCAAUCUAUAAGGUAAUUCCCCGUGGUUUUUCUACUGAUUUCAUUAAUUAACCUCUGAAAUCAAAAACCUAGAUUCAGAUGACCGUAGUACUUAUUUGCUAUUAUAUUUGAUUGAAGCAUUUACAAGAAGUAUGCAGCAGUGUGAUAACGAAAAGCAGACUGGUCAGGAGUUAUUUGCUUUUGAAGUGAUAUUCGUCAUUUCCGUGUUAUUCUCAAAAAGUAUCUAAAAAAAGUGCUAUGCAGUCAUGAACUUAUAUUGACCCAUGUGUUAUACUGUGUAAAAUCAGUGUUACAUGAUUAACAGGUUCUAACUAGGUGAUCUAAGGCAGAAUAAGUCUUCUAUGGUGUCAAAAGAAUAAACAGAUAAACAAGAAAAUAAGAGUCAUUCGAUCAAGUUGCACACACCGAUACGAGACGAAAAAUGUGAGUUAUCAGUUAAGAUACAUCUAUUCCAGGAUGGUUGGUCCCUAACCAUGUAUAAAGCAUGCUACAAUGAUUAUCGAUGUCCACAUUGAUUUCAGACGGAGAACCUACAUUUGCUCAUACAAGUUGAACAAAUAAUCAACAAUAUCGUUGAUUGGCAGAUCAUUUUGAACUGCUCAACUGUUAUUUUUAUCUACCUAACCGCAGUAUUACCAGAAUAACGUGUUUUGUGGAGGCUUAUGGUAUUCUUUGCCGGAUUCGAAUGUAUACGUGAGACCACUUACAUAACGGUCCCUGUAGAGGGUAGGCAGUAAGAGACAACGGUACUUUGAUUGGACACUAGUUGUGCCGUGAAAUGAGUUACACUGAUUCUGCGAGGGCUGUUAAUAAUACUGAUUUGCCCAGAUUGAAGUGGGUGGAGUGAGAUUCAAACUCAGUACCCAUUGGUUGAAAGCUGGGUGCUUAAGCCAAUGAGUCACAUCACUUGUUAAUUGUGACCAGCUGGUAUUCGAUUUCCAAUGAGUGAUUAGGCUUUGUAAGUGUCAACAGGUGUCAAAAAUGUGUAUCACUUAACUCCACUGGACAUUCAAGGUGAUUUAGAGCUUGUUUGUGGGACUACUACUUGUACCCAGUGUUCAUAGUGGCAGGUGCAAAGAAAACUCAUCAAACGUAGUUGAUUUAACUAGAACUAAGUCAUUUUUUACGGUAUAGUUUCUUUAAUAUAUCUGAAGUGCAAAUGAAGAGUCUUCAGUUGUUAGAUAUUUUCUUUUUCACACAUUGGCUCACUACUUUUAUGGGUUGUUCGAGACUUAAUUUAGAAUAAAGCCGUCUGGUAUUUUCAGUUGUAUCUUCCGGACUGCUAUAUGCGUAGGACGGUAGCCAUUGAGAUUAAAAGACGAAUAACCAAAUAUUCAGGAAUUAUGAUUUAAAAGGCAUGCUGAAUUACAUAAGCGAAGUUAGUCACAGUAUACAUCUGUCUCUGUCUGUUUUCGACAUAGAACUUUUCACAAAUGUGCGGAAGUUCAAGUCGCCACACUCCGUGUAACACGCGAAGCAAGAGAAGAAAGUACAAGAAAAGCAUACAUACGGCACAUGUGAAUUCUUGACGGGUGCGAUAACGUCGUUGUGAGUCCCAUUACAGCCAGGUGUAAAGUUUACAAUAGGGAGUUGUUGUUAUCAGGUGUUGGGCACCGGUAUGUUUGUCUGUAUUAAACACAUCGUUAGUACUAACUGCCAUUGUGAAAUGGUCAUCCCGAGAUCAAAGUAUUUGUUGCUUGGUUGGGUAAGAUGACAGUAAAACAAAUAGUUUCCAUUAUUUCCUUAACAGAAGAGUUUCUCAUGCAAAAUAUGGUGACGAUAAGCUUAGCCGUUUUUAAUAUGCCCUCAACAGUUCGCUUCGACUUUUACUUUGAGAAAUGCACUUAUAUUGGUUUUCUGUCAUAUAAAUUGGAAAUAUUGUCAUAGGGGUUAGAAAAUCAGAUAAAUUUGCGUGCUACCUAGCUUAAGUCCAGAGAAUUGUGAGUGUGCUUCGCGUGUCACAUGACUGUGCUCAUUAUGCAGCUGAUCUGAACUUGGUUGUUUUGCAACGUUACUCGAAAUCUAUAUAUAGUAAGUCUGUUGUUUAGUCUUUUGCAUUCAAAAUACCUUCGUGGUUUAGUCAGAUUUAAAUUUUUAACACAGGACGAAAAAAGUGAACUACGCCUUAGAGCGCAAACACUGGUAGACGAAGCUCAAGCCUUACUGAGUCGUCGUUCUUCUCUAUAUCAGUCUUACGAGGAUAUUCUAUUGAAAUACAAGGGAUCGAAAAAUAGUACACAAUUUACAGCUGAUCGUCGUAAAUUGGAAACGGAUCAUAAAAGUGUUACCCAGCAGCUGUUAUCUGUUCAGAAUAAAAUGGCUGAUCUUUACACGGAUGGAGUUGAAAAGUUGAAUGAAAUAAAUAGCUUGGAUCAACGAUAUCGUGAUCUAAUCCAAGAGGGUGUACAAUUAGCUGAGAAAUUGCUCUCAGGCAAAUUGACAAAAGCACAAUAUCAAUCAUCAAAUGAUGAUUUGAGUUCUAAAAAAGCUGAAAUCAUCUACAAAGUGGACUCCAUCACUGAAUGUUUGUAGUUAUUCAUAAUAAUAAUAUACGGAACUUGACAAAGUCCUGGUUUUCUCUUUUUUUUAUAAAAAUUUUUUUCUCCCGUGUUCAUUUUUUCUCUGUUAUUUCCUUGCUUGAUCAGGCGUUUUUUUGUUGUCAUUGCAUGCUAAGAAAGUUGGAAUGUUUUUUUUGUUUUAAAUGAGCUCUUUGUACAUCUUUGUGUUUGUGUGUGAGUGAAAUAAAUAUCAAGCAUUUGAAAGUAAGGUAUUUUUGGUCAUUGUUCAUAUUCCUUUCUCAUUAAUUACCCAAUAACUCAACUAGAAAGUGUCGUCGGAUAUUAUUAUUGCUUCCUAGAUGAUUUAGAGUUGAACGAAAUGAAGCCGUCUGUUCUGUCGCUAUGAGGAUUUAGGUUGAAAAAACCACCAGCAGUAGAAGUACCGCCUACUGCCCAUCACUGCAUUUUACCACCACCACUCCAGCCAUUCAUCCUUCUACAUGCAUGUGAAUCAGUCGUUACAUACUGUAAAUGGCUUUCUUUUUUAUUUCAC